GCUCUCGGGUUUCUCUUUGGUUACGCGAGAAUGACACGUGCUGUGGAAUGUCACUCUAACGGUACAUGGAAAACGGAAAAAAUGUCACGCAUGUUUUGACGUUUACUCCGUGCGGAAUAACAUUUGGACACGUUGUUGGACGUACAAUUUUGUCGUAACAUGAAAUAUGCGAUUGAUCACGUAAUUGAGCGACUGUUUGGUACUUUUGUGCGUCAAGCACGCUUGUUUUAAUUCAGGCUAAUAGAAUUUACGAGUCAACAAUGACAGGAAAAAUGAGAACCGUGAGCGACUCUCAAGACGCUACUUGCAAAUCGAAAAACGCGGCAGCUUCGAAAACAAAUGAAAAAGAGGAAAGCGAAGCAUAUUGGUGGCUUCUAUUUGGAGGUAUAACUGCGCUCACAUUAAUUACCAGGUUCUAUAAAGUCACUGAACCUGAACAUGUCUGUUGGGAUGAGACACAUUUUGGCAAAAUGGGCAGUUGGUAUAUAAACAGAACGUUCUUUUUUGAUGUGCAUCCACCAUUGGGAAAGAUGCUUAUUGCUCUGUCAGGAUACAUGACCGGCUAUGAUGGCACAUUUCCUUUUGAAAAACCAGGGGAUAAGUUUGAGAAUGUCAAUUACGUCGGUAUGAGAAUCUUCUGCACAUUUCUGGGUGCAAGUACCGUACCCUUGUCGUAUCUUAUUGUAUGGGACUUUACCAAGUCGAUUCGCGCCUCAACGCUCGCUGCUUUUCUCAUUUUGUUUGAUGUAGGCAUGUUAACGUUGAAUCAGUACAUUCUUCUGGAUCCGAUAUUAUUGUGCUUCAUGAUGUGCGCGACGUGGGGCAUGUCGCGUGUAGCGUCGCUGCGCGACCGACCGUUCACGUGGCCCUGGUGGUCAUGGUUGUCGUUCACCGGUGCUUCGCUCGCGUGCACGAUCAGCGUGAAAUUCGUCGGACUCUUUGUCGUCUUGCUUGUGGGUCUUUACACCGCGUACGAACUUUGGCGAGAGUUGGGGGAUUUGUCCAAACCUAUUUCUUAUGUGGGGAAGCAUUUGUUAGCGCGGUGCUUAUGUCUCAUCCUAUUACCGGUUUUACUUUACAUGCUAUUUUUUUAUAUUCAUCUUUCCGUUUUGAAUAAAAGCGGAAGUGGCGAUGGCUUCUACAGUUCCGAAUUUCAGUCGCUGUUACGUGGAAAUUCGUUGUACAAUGCGACAAUGCCGCGGCAAUUGGCUUACGGCGCUACCAUCACGUUAAAGAAUCAUCGCACGGGAGGUGGCUAUUUACACUCCCACUGGCACUUGUAUCCCGAGGGAAUCGGUGCCAGGCAGCAGCAGAUCACAACUUAUUCUCACAAGGAUGAUAACAAUUUGUGGCUUGUGAAGAAAUUCGACACGGACGCGAUACCAGCCGAGCCCGAAUUAGUUAAACACGGCGAUCUUAUUCGUCUGGAGCACGUUAUCACGAGACGAAAUUUACACUCGCACAAGGAGAUCGCGCCGAUCUCGAAGAAGCACUAUCAAGUUACCGGAUACGGAGAAAACGGCACAGGCGACGCUAACGAUGUCUGGAAAAUAUUGAUAACGAACGGGAGGGAUGGUGACAUUGUCGAAACGGUGACGAGCAAAUUGAAAUUCGUGCAUUAUCUUCAUCAUUGCGUGCUAACGUGCAGUGGCAAGACGUUGCCAAAAUGGGGAUACAGUCAACAGGAGGUUUCCUGCAAUCCCAAUAUGAGAGACAAAAACGCAUUGUGGAACAUCGAGGAUAAUCAGUACGCAAAAUUACCAAACGUCAGCUUUCAAGUUUACGCGCCGGGUUUCCUCGAUAGAUUUUUGGAGUCGCACGCCGUGAUGUUGCAAGGAAAUUCGGAUUUGAAAGUCAAAGAAGGAGAGGUGUCCUCUCGACCGUGGCAGUGGCCCAUAAAUUACAGGGGGCAAUUCUUCUCCGGAAACAAUCAAAGGAUAUAUCUGCUCGGCAAUCCUGUGAUUUGGUGGGGAAACAUAAUCUUUCUUGUGAUAUAUGUGAUUCUUUACGUCUACGCUGCCGUGCGCGAGCAACGGGGAUGCAUCGACGACGUCGCUAUUCUCGAGCAGCGAAGCAAAAUACUGCACACCGGCAUAUGGCUCUUUGUGGGAUGGAUCUUGCAUUACGCGCCGUUCUGGGCGAUGACGCGCGUGCUGUAUUUUCAUCAUUACUUUCCAGCGCUGCUUUACAGCUCCAUGCUGACUGGGAUCACACUGAAUCACAUUAUCGAGAAUCUCUUGCUCUUGUUUCCCAGUAAAGUGGGCAAUACGAUUUACCACGUUAUUUUGGGUACCGUAAUUUCCGGCACUAUAUACAGUUUUUAUCUGUUCUCGCCGUUGGCUUACGGAAUGGACGGCCCGUCCGCUAUGGAUCCCGACAGCUCGAUGCAUCAUUUAAGGUGGAUGGAAUCUUGGGAAUUUUAAAAUGUUAUUUAUGAUUGUGGAGAGAGGUGCAAUUUUCACACAUAUUUAACUUUGCUAUUGAGAGAAAUUUAUGGUUAAUGUGACUGAAAAAUAUUGGGAAAAAUACUCAUGUAGUUUUUUUUACAUAAAUGAGUUAUAUGCAAUUAUCUUUACAAUCUUUUAUAUAAUUUAUAUGAUGUAAUAAAUU